AUGACUCUUAGAAUUCUGUGGAAUUGCUCCAACCCAUCGGACGAGCAAGUAUUUGUGAAAUUGUUCUUGUAUUCCUGUAUAGUCGGGGUGAGGCCAGGUGAAGACCGACUGCAAGUCACUCAGGGAUGUGAGGAUCAGACCAUUUGCGCGGAGCAGUCUGCUCCACCACAAGUCCUUCCACAUUCUGUCUACCGAGUGGCAGAGGACAAACCACUCCUGCAAGAUGAGCCAUUGAACUUCAUCCAGUCGGAGGAGGACAAAUCAUCAGCCGAGGGAGCCUGGACAGAGGAACGACUUCUGCCUGCGGCCCUGCACUCUCCCCGGAGCAGCUGUAGGGAAGAAGAUGGAAGGCUGCUGUCUGUUCUCCGUCAGGACCAGGUUGCAGUCUUCCGCUACUUCGACAAGAUCACAUCCGGUGAACCUAAACUGGUCAAGCCUGAGCAUACACGCUCCGGAAGAAUUCGGGAGACGGAAACAUUGGCAUCUCCGCUCGGUCAUGUGAUGCCCGUCCCAACUUCCAUUCCUCAUGCACUGAACAUCCUCUGGUGUGGGCACUGGGCAGGUUGCGCGUCCCGACUGAGUGACUGA